CUGGCCCGUGCUACAGGAAGGGCAGAUGAGACUGGUCUAUUUGGGGGGCCAAGCUCUCGACCGUUCAUUGAGCCGUCGAUUCGGCCUCAAUCUCGACUUUCUGAGGCGUCCGAAACCCAAGACGAAGCUCUUCUAAUCAGAAAACAGGUCCUGGAUGUACAUGCUCCCAGCACCGAUCGGGCCAGCGACUGGGGUCCAGUUUCCGCGACACUUUCUUCGGGAUUAGUCUCCGAUCAUCCUCUCGCCUCAGGACAGCACCAUUUUGUGUCGCCCUCCUCUGAUGGGACUCGUAGUGUCGGGGGCGCCGGUUCAACCGACGCUGGCAAUCUAGGGGGCACCUCGGCCACACAUCUUAGCCCGACUUUGCCGGGGUUCCAAGAGUCCCCUCGACCUGUCGAGAUUCGUCAAAACUCGGACUCCUCACCUCUGAGACUUGGCCACAGGUCCGACAACCGCGUGCCUCCUGUUGAGACAGUCUCCACUCCGGCCGUCCUUCCCUCCUCCCCUCCCUAUUCUUCUUCUUCUUCCUCGUCUCCUUCCAUCCAACUGCCUCGUCGACAAGAUCCUGCGACGACGCCUCCAUCACUUCCGGACCCUUCAGAAGCCACGAGCCUAGUGACCCCGGCCUCCUCUUCCGGCACCUCAUUGAAGAUGGAGGUCAGUCCUUUACACAUCCGGCCCCGUAACGAGGAUCAGACACCGAUGACACCAUCCCUCCCCACGGUCUCAGCAUCGCUAGAUGACGAGUCGUCAAGGCAAUCAGCCGUGAUCCGUAGUGUUGGAGAGCCUGUCUGUACCGAACUCGCCGAGCCAGUCUUGUUGUUGGGCGGUGAUGUGCCUGUUUGUAGGUUUAAAGACAGACGUAAAUGGGUCAAAGGUCACAGGACCAAUCGACGAGGCAGUUCUGCUCAGAAUCGACGUGACACAGUCCGAGGGCUCGUGCAGACCUGCGAACUGAGGGGCUUGAAGCUCGAGCAGGUAACCGGUUUCACUGCAUCUCUGGCCUCGGCGGCUUUACAGCCUCCUCCUUCGUGUCUGUUGGAGCCGCAGGCAGACCAUAUUGCAGCCAACUUGCACCCGAACAUCGCGACUCACACUCAUGACACUGGCCUCGUCAGAUCCAGCCUCGAACAGGAGCUCGGCAGUCGACUAGCCACAACUGUUUCCAAGGUCUCAUCCGAUCCAUCUUCAGCCCUUUUGUUGCAAGCUAGAUCCAAGGCUGAGAUGGUGAUGGAAGCAGAAUCCGCCCAGUUGAAUGGCAUCUGUGUAGAUACGCUCGAAGUCUGGCCAGAAAUUCUGCCGUCUGAUGCCGGAAAAUUGAAGCAUUUGACAACCGUCCCUACGAGUCAGACUAAAGUAUCGGGUAAAGACAAAAGUCAGCCCAGUCAACCGGCCAGCUUGAGAGGGUCGCUUCUGGCCAACUUCAGGCCCAAUUUCUUACAUUUUAAGGAUACAGAGUCAGCCUCCUCUGAACAGCUUCACAUCUCUGGUGAAACAGGCUCCUGUAGAUUGGAGUUUGACGCGGUCGCGACGACAACUGAGCACGUGACGCCGAACUCGAUGGCAACAGGGAAUGCCGGGUCGCCCGGUAUUCGCUCAGCCACUGGAGUUUUGUUGUCGGCUUCGAAUUCUCCCAUUACUUCGGAACCCAGGCUCGAGUCUUCUGGUAUCCUACCUCCGCUUAAACCUUUUGACCUACAUGCGGACCAAUCCUUCCGACCGGGCCAAACUCUGGCCCACCCUUACAGCGAUGGCUCAUCCUCCUUCUCUUUGUUCCUUUCCCGUCUUACCUCUUCUCAUGGAAAUCCUCUGCUCUCCAACCUUCCUUCGGUCCCUUGUGUUACCACAGAAACUGGUAGUCGAGAUGAUGCUCGAAGAUCUGUCGCUACUGCCUCCGAUCUUCACUCGACCAGCCUUCCAGAGGGGUCAACAGAGGCAAGCGAUACUACCUUUUUUAACAAAUCCAGAAAACUGAAGCGAAAACUGCCUCAAAAAGGGAACAGUGAUGAUGAUCUUCCAGUGACAAGGAAUGAAGAGAGUGCAGCAACCUACUCUUUGUUGAAGGUUGGUAGUCAUGUUUAUUCUUGUGCCUCUGAUUGA